ACGAGCCCGAGCCGCGGAGCCGCGCGUCUCCCGCAGCCUGCGCUCCCGCUCCGGCGCCCGCAUCUCCUGCUGCGGGGCCAGCACCGGCGAUGAGGAGCGGAGCCGCCUGUCUUCCGAGCCGCUGAAGCAUUCGCCGCCGAUCGCCCGGAGGUGCGGGAGCCCGUGCGACCCGGGCGCGGGGACUCGGGGCAGGGGAGGGACCAAAGGGCUCCCCUACGGCCCCAGCCGCCGCGCCGCGGACUCCAGAAGGUGAUCAUUCCGCUCUCCCGCCCCUUUCCCUCCCCCCGACUUAACUUUUUGUCUCAGCUCGUCGGCCGCCAGGUCUCCUUUCCGCAUACCCACCCGCGGCCGUGCCAUCCGCCCGGGGCAUGGGCCCCCCGACCAGGCUCCAGGAGGCGCCGCGGCCUCACAAGACGUGAGAGGCCCGCUUGGGUAGAUCCCGAGGUUCCGGAGAGCAGCGGAGAGCUCCCAGCCAGCGCCCGCGCGCCUGGCCCGGUGGCGGUGAGCGCUGCGCCCCGCGCGCGGUGCAGAACGUCCCGGAGCGCCGGAGCCGCGGCUGAAGCGAGUAGCUGGCCCGAGGCGCGCGGCGGAGCAGGCUGUCAUGCCCUAUUGAUCCCCCCGCCCCCCGCCAAGUAUGUUUGGGCUGGACCAGUUCGAGCCCCAGAUCAACAGCCGGCACGCUGGCCAGGGCGAGGGGAACUUUAACGAAGCCGGACUGAACAUGAACGCCCACUUUAAGGCUCCUGCUUUCCACGCCGGCCCCCCUCCUGGCCCUGUGGACCCUGCCAUAAGCGCUCUGGGUGAACCCCCGAUCUUGGGUUUGAACAUGGAGCCCUACGGCUUCCACGCGCGCGGCCACUCCGAGCUGCACGCAGGGGGGCUGCAGGCGCAGCCUGUGCAUGGCUUCUUCGGUGGCCAGCAGCCUCACCAUAGCCACCCCGGAGGCCACCACCCGCACCAGCAUCACCCCCACUUCGGGGGCAACUUCGGUGGUCCGGACCCAGGUGCCUCGUGUCUGCACGGGGGCCGGCUGCUUGGCUACGGAGGUGCAGCGGGCGGCCUGGGCAGCCAGCCGCCCUUCGCAGAGAGUUAUGAGCACAUGGCGGAGAGCCAGGGGCCGGAGGGCUUCGGCCCGCAGCGGCCAGGAAACCUCCCGGACUUCCACAGUUCGGGCACCUCGGGCCACGCCGUGCCUGCCCCGUGCCUGCCGCUGGACCAGAGCCCUAACCGGGCUGCCUCUUUCCACGGCCUGCCCGCCUCCAGCGGCUCGGAGUCUCACAGUCUGGAGCCCCGGAGGGUGACGAACCAAGGAGCUGUAGAUUCGCUGGAAUACAAUUACCCGGGCGAGCCGCCCUCAGGACAUUUUGACAUGUUUUCGCCCUCUGACUCCGAAGGGCAGCUGCCACAUUAUGCGGCGGGUCGCCAGGUUCCCGGGGGCGCUUUCCCGGGUGCUUCAACCUUGCCCAGGGCCGCAGGCAUGGUGGGUUUGUCCAAAAUGCACGGCCAGCCACCGCAGCCUCCUCCACAACAGCAGCAACCUCAGCACGGAGUAUUCUUCGAGAGGUUUGGCGGGGCCCGGAAGAUGCCUGUGGGUCUGGAGCCUACGGUGGGCUCCCGGCACCCCUUAAUGCAGCCUCCCCAGCAGGCCCCACCACCCCCGCAGCCGCCGCAGCCCCCGCAGCAGCAGCCGCCGCCGCCGCCACCACCCGGGCUUCUGGUCCGACAGAAUUCUUGCCCUCCUGCUCUCCCGCGGCCCCAGCAGGGCGAAGCUGGCACACCCAGCGGCGGCCUGCAGGACGGGGGCCCCAUGCUGCCCAGCCAGCACGCGCAGUUCGAGUACCCCAUCCACCGGCUAGAGAACCGGAGCAUGCACCCGUAUUCUGAGCCCGUUUUCAGCAUGCAGCAUCCCCCUCCUCAGCAGGCGCCCAACCAGAGGCUGCAGCAUUUCGACGCGCCCCCCUACAUGAACGUGGCCAAGAGGCCGCGCUUUGACUUCCCGGGCAGCGCAGGCGUGGACCGCUGUGCCUCGUGGAAUGGCAGCAUGCAUAACGGCGCCCUGGACAACCAACUCUCCCCCUCUGCCUACCCAGGCCUUCCAGGCGAGUUCACACCGCCUGUGCCGGACAGCUUCCCCUCGGGACCGCCCUUGCAGCACCCAGGUCCCGACCACCAGUCUCUGCAGCAGCAGCAGCAACAACAGCAGCAGCAGCAGCAGCAACAACAACAGCAGCAGCAGCAGCAGCAACAGCAACGCCAGAACGCGGCCCUCAUAAUUAAACAGAUGGCGUCUCGGAACCAGCAGCAGCGGUUGCGACAGCCCAGCCUAGCCCAGCUGGGCCAUCCUGGGGACGUGGGCCAGGGCGGCCUGGUCCACGGAGGUUCGGUGAGCGGCUUGGCUCAGACGAACUUUGAACGCGAGGGCAGCGGCGCGGGUGCGGGGCGCCUGGGCGGCUUCGAGCAGCAGGCGCCCCACCUAGCGCAGGAGAGCGCGUGGUUCCCGGGUCCACACCCGCCCGGAGACCUGCUGCCCCGGAGGAUGGGCGGCGCGGGGUUGCCGGCAGACUGCGGCCCGCACGACCCUGGCCUGGCACCUCCCCCUGCUCCGGGUGGCUCAGGGGUGCUAUUUCGAGGCUCUCUGCAGGAGCCUCUGAGGAUGCCGGGGGAAGGCCACGUGCCAGCGCUGGCUUCGCCGGGGUUGCAGUUUGGGGGCAGCUUGGCUAGCCUAGGCCAGUUGCAGUCGCCUGGGGCCGGUGUGGGACUGCCCAACGCUCCGUCGGAGCGGCGGCCCCAGCCUCCGGACUUCCCUGCGCCAGCUCUCGGGGGCCAGCCCGGCUUUCCAUUUGGCUCAGGGAGCCGGCAGGCCACGCCGCACAGCGCCCCAGGCGUGAACUCGCCCCCGAGCGCGGGCGCGGGCAGCGGCAGCUCCGGCGCUGGCGGGGGAGGUUACCCGCCGCAGCCGGAUUUCCAGCCCAGCCAGCGCAACUCGGCCAGUAAACUGGGCGCGCUGUCGUUGGGGUCCUUCAACAAGCCCAGCUCCAAGGACAACCUGUUCGGCCAGAGCUGCCUGGCUGCGCUCUCCACCGCUUGCCAGAACAUGAUCGCCAGCCUGGGUGCUCCCAACCUCAACGUGACUUUCAACAAGAAGAACCCACCCGAGGGGAAGAGGAAACUGAGCCAGAACGAGCCCGACAGCGCGGCCGCAGCCGGCAACCCGGGCUCGGAUUACUUCCCUGGAGGGACUACUGGGGCCCCUGGACCCGGAGGCCCUUCCGGGGCCAGUGGUGGCGGCUCUAAAUCCUCAGGACCGCCCAACCCACCCAUCCAGGGGGAUGGCACCAGUCUCUCCCCCAAUUAUACCCUGGAGUCAACAUCGGGGAACGAUGGCAAGCCUGUCCCAGGGGGCGGUGGCCGGGGAAGGGGACGCAGAAAAAGGGACAGCGGUCACGUGAGCCCCGGGAACUUCUUCGACAAGUACUCGGCGGCGACGGUUCCUGACAGUGGGGGUGCGCCAGGGCUGAGCCCCGGGCAGCAGCAGGUUCCCAGCUCGGCGGCGGCGGCUGCUGCGGGGAGCUCCGUGAACGAGGCCCGCGGGCCCACGCCCCACGAGAAGGCCCUCACGUCGCCGUCGUGGGGAAAGGGAGCCGAGCUGCUCCUCGGGGACCAGCCGGACCUCAUGGCGUCCCUGGACAGCACAGCCAAAUCGGACGGCAGUUCCCCGCGCGUGGGCGAGUUCGCCUCCGAUGAGGUGAGCACGAGUUACGCCAACGAGGACGAAGUGUCCUCCAGUUCCGACAACCCCGCCGCCCUGGCCAAAGCCAGCCGCAGCCCCCUGGUCACCAGCUCACCCAAACUCCCUCCCCGAGGAGGGGUGGGGGCCGGGGAACACGCGCCGAAGGCUGCCGCCGCCGCCCUCGGCCUGGGCAUCCUGUCUACCUCUACCUCGACCCCUGACAGCUACGGUGGGGCCGUGGGCACGGGCCACCCCGGCACCCCAGGCCUGGAGCAGGUCCGGACCCCGACGAGCAGCAGCAGUGGCGGCGGCGGCGGCGGCGCGCCGCCCCCCGACGAGAUCCAUCCCCUGGAGAUCCUCCAGGCCCAGAUCCAGCUACAGAGGCAGCAGUUCAGCAUCUCGGAGGACCAGCCCCCCCUGGGGCUCAAGGGCGCCAAAAAGGCAGAGUGUGCCGUCGGGGCCUCGGGAGCCCAGAACGGGGACAGCAGCGACCUGGGCAGCUGCUGCUCCGAGGCGGUCAAGAGCGCCAUGAGCACCAUCGACCUGGACUCCCUGAUGGCAGAGCACAGCACCACCUGGUACAUGCCUCCCGACAAGGCCCUGGUGGACGGUGGCGAUGAGGACAAGACGGCUCUGGCGCCCUGGGAGAAGGCCAAGCCCCAGAACCCCAACAACAAAGAAGCCCACGACCUCCCUACCAACAAGGCCUCAGCCACCCAGCCCGGUAGUCACCUGCAGUGCCUGAGCGUCCACUGCACAGACGGUGACCCCAAGGCCCGCGCCUCCGUACCCACCUGGCGGUCUCUGCACUCCGACAUCUCCAACCGGUUCGGGACGUUCGUGGCCGCCCUGACUUGAGCCCGUGGGAGCCUCUCCCUGCCCUGCCCACCCGUGAAGGGCCUCCGUGGCUGAGCAGACUUGUGUUUUUUUUUUUUUUGUCUUAGGUUGGUACCUGCUUAGUGGCACUCGGAAUGGAAAGGGUUCAUUUGGAAAGGGGCCGGGGGAAGGUUGAUAUAAAAAAGAACCUCAGAGAAUAAUUAAGGAGACCGCGUGCCACGGUUGUGCCGGCGCCAGUGUCCGUUCUCAGACAACAGCGAGCGCUGUCUCAAGCCGUUUUCCUGCUAGAGAGCCCCCUGCUUUCCGUACUCGGAGUGUGUUCUAGAAGGCCCUUGCCUUGUCUGAGCCAAGGCGGGGCGCGCCUGGUACCCCUUUUCUUUUUUAUUCUCUUUGAUUCUCCCCUCCCCCUCUCCCUUCUCCUCCCCCAUUGCUUCUGUUCAUCACCGACUAAGAUGGAGAUCGUGGAGAACAGUGCUCUGGAAUAGCCCCGGGUGGAAGCCGCAGGGUCUCUGUAGCGUCUGCUGCUCUUGUCAAGGAGCAGCUUGAGGAACGGCCAAGGACUGGGUUGUCUCUGUUCCCGGAAAACCUGGAGAGGUAUUUUCCUCACUGGCCCUUAGCCUUCGGGUGGCUUCCACUCUUCCCACUGGGGACUGCUCCUCCCGUCCCUCCUGGGUUGUGUGCUGGAUGCUGGGGUGCUGGGACCAGCCACUUGGAGGAAGGAGUCUGCCGGGGCCGUGAACUCCCUACAUCACCUUUGCACACUCUGACUUCUCUGUGCUGAGCAGGGUGGUCUUGUGACCCUUCAAGGGGACAGGAGAGGAGCGGUCAGCUGUCCCAGUGACCUCCUGGCCCUGCUCUCCCAGGUCUCACACUUCCUCCUAGCCCACUCCAAGUGACUCCAUCCCUGGGAGGAGGGAUUAAGGCAGCCAGGCUCAGGCUGAGACACCCUCUCUGAUCCUGCAGUUCCCUUACAGGGAUAGGAGGGAAAGAGGAUAAAAGGAUGGCGGCUUCAUGAUGUCCAUUCCCGGGCCUCACGUUCCGUUCCCUUCACGGGGAUGUCUCCUGCCCUGUUGAUUUCAUUUCAUUCAGAUUUGAAAGCAGAGCCCUGCCCCAGGUGUCCCCUGGGAGAGGCGCCCCCCACCCCGCCCCCCUUAAGCAGAGAGGAGCAGAGAUUGGGGGAGCUGAUGCAGAUGACGCCUUAGGGUGUGGUCUGAACCCUACCAGCCUGUGUGACCCGCUGCUGUGGGGCCGUCCAUCCCUGGGAGGGUCAGGCCAGAGCCAGCAGUCCUCCAGUCUCAGCUCAGCUUUUGUUGUUAGUGCAGCUUCCCAAUUGCUCCUUUCUGAGCCCCCACCCCGACUUGACGGAACCCCCUUCCAUUGCUCAGCAAGAGGCCCGAAGGCUCGGGGCUCUCCAGAUACCCAUAUUGUUUGUGUCGAGGGACUUUCAACCGUGGGAGCUGCUUGCCAAAAGCUGGUUCUCCCUCUGUCCUCCUCCUCCUCCUCCUGGCGGAGGUCUGAGCCCCCAGGGUCCUCACUUGUCUGGGCAGUGUGAUGGGGCUCAGAGGGCAGACAGAAACAGGUGAUAUGGGCUGGUGAGCAAGAAGUGCCCUCUGUUCUAUGCCCAGAGCGGUGAGGGGAUGGCCCUAGGAGCCUCCUCCAGGCUUUGGUCCCGACUCUACAUUCACCCUCAGAGUUUGCGAUGCCUAGCCGUCCGAGAGAGCCAGCCUUUGGCUCCCCAAACAAGAAAUGACUUCUCCUUCACUGCUUAAGGCCGGAGAACGAGUGUCCCAGCGUCCACCAACAAACGUCCCAGCAUCCAGUCCACAUGCAGCCACCGGCGUAUGGCUCAAGCCACCUCCCGAACCCAGGAAGUGUCCAGUGUUCUCACGUUCUCCCUCCCCACAACCCCAGGGUGAAACAGCGUUUAAAAUAGCCUUAAGCAAAAGGAUGCCAUGUCAUUAAACUUGGUUUUAGUGGAAGGAAUUUAAAGGUAGACGAAAACCAUGCGAAGUGCGCGAGAGCCCGGGGACACUGUAAUCAGUAUGCAGCCAACUCCAGUAGAGAGAAGGAAAUCGCUAUUGCACAUGUAAAAUAUGAACCCUUAACCCUGCGGUGCGGUGCGUGAGCCUGUAAGCUUUUUUGACUCUUAAAGAAAAACCGUUUCUGAAAUGCUUGGGAAGACAGUGACAAUAGCUCAUGAAACUGAGUGGUAUUUUUCUUUCUUUUUUUAAAAAAAAAAUAUGUAAAGUUGAGUCUUCCGUAUUCACGCAUUACUGUAUAUACGUGUAUAUGUUUUGCUGAGCGGCUUAAAUAACAAUAAAUACAACGUUAAUGGUG